CAAUAGGUGUCCGGGCAGAGGCGCGCCCCUUCGACAGAGCGGAGGACACGGCUCAGGAGUGCGGCUCCCGGGAGACCAUGGAGCGCCCAGUGAAAGUGAAGGCGUGGGUGGAGGAGAACCGGGGCUCCUUCCUGCCCCCCGUCUGCAACAAGCUCCUGCACCAGAAGCAGCUCAAAAUCAUGUUCGUGGGGGGUCCCAACUCCAGGAAGGACUACCACAUCGAGGAGGGUGAGGAGGUGUUUUACCAGCUGGAGGGGGACAUGCUUCUCCGAGUCCUGGAGCGAGGGAAACAUCGGGAUAUGGUCAUUCGGCAGGGAGAGAUCUUCCUCCUGCCUGCUGGGGUCCCCCACUCUCCGCAGAGGUUUGCCAACACAGUGGGGCUGGUGAUUGAGCGGAAGCGGCUGAAAACGGAACUAGAUGGGCUCAGGUACUACGUAGGGGACACCACGGACGUCCUGUAUGAGAAGUGGUUCUACUGCGAGGACCUCGGCACGCAGUUGGCCCCCAUCAUCCAGGAGUUCUUCAGCUCUGAGCAGUACAGAACGGGAAAGCCCAACCCUGACCAGCUGCUCAAGGAACCGCCAUUCCCCCUGAGCACACGAUCCAUCAUGGAGCCCAUGUGCCUGGAGGCCUGGCUGGAUGGCCACCGCAAGGAGCUGCAGGCGGGCACGCCCCUCAGCUUGUUUGGGGACACCUAUGAGAGCCAGGUGAUGGUCCACGGACAAGGCAGCAGCCAAGGCCUGAGACAGGACGUGGACGUAUGGCUGUGGCAGCUGGAGGGCUCCUCUGUGGUGACGAUGGAAGGACAGCGCCUGAGCCUGACCCCUGAUGACAGCCUCCUGGUGCCAGCUGGGACUCUGUAUGGCUGGGAGCGAGGGCAAGGCUCCGUGGCCCUGUCUGUGACCCAGGAUCCCGCCUGCAAGAAGUCCCUGGGAUGACUGAUCCUCCCACUGUGGGCCCAGAGCACCCACCCUGGCCAAGUAACUCUCCCAGCCCCACUGUUCCUACGUACACUGCUGCUCAGAGACUCAGUGUCCCCUGGACUGGGCCCUGGACACGAUCAUCAUCCACUCUCUUCCUGUCCUCUCGGCUAGGCUGCCAGCUUCCUGGGGGCCGCAGCUCCCCUUCUCCCCUAAGAGCCCUCAGCCCACUGCCCUGCGUGCUCCUGCCUGGUGGACUGCUGCCUGGGGCCGGCUCCUCGCCGCCCUCCAUCCACAGGCUCAGUGCAGCUCUUGCCUGCCGCCAAGAAGCCCUCAAUAAAGGCUUGCUGGCCGACAAGCGCCUGCGGGUCUGCACACA